GUAGCAAUCGCUAUAGGGUCCACCACCACCACAUUCCACUUUUUCUCAUAAAAUCUUAACCUCAAUUCCAAUGUGAUGAUGCAAUCUCGUGAAUAACCCUUUUUCAUCACUCACCCGAAAAACCCUCGUUCUCACCGUCGCCGCCGUGACUCCGCCGCCAUGUCGUCUCUGUCACCGCCGGAGGCCUCUCCGGUAGACACCUCCGCCGCAUCUCCUCCUCUACCGGCGCACCCCAGCAGCAUUCCGGUCAAUUUCACGCCGACUGCCACCACUCCGACGCCGGGUUUCAUCGCGACGGAGCAUACUCCGGAUCCGAAUAACGACGGCAUGGCGAGGGGUACGUUGAACGGGAUAAUCAUAGGGGUUGUGCUUGGUUCAGUGGGUAUGCUUAUCGUUGGUGGUAUUUUCUUCCUUUUGCAUAGAAAUCGGAAUCGGAAGAGACUCCAGAAUAGCAACAUGGAAGCUCCUCCGCCACCGCCACCACCAAAAGCUGACCAGGUUGGUGGCUUAUUUAAGCAUUGGCAAGCCGGUGUUCCUCCAGCAGCAGAUGGUAAAGCAGGCUUGCCGCCUAAGCCUCCCGGGGUUUUGAGGGGUCAAAAACAAUCAUCUCAUUCUCCAACCCCCAGCAGUUUGGGGUCCGAGAGGCCACACCUCUCCCCGUCUCCUGGCCUUUCCUUGUCGCUAUCGCAGAGCACUUUCUCGUAUGAUGAACUAGAAAUGGCAACGGAUGGAUUCUCUGAUUCAAAUCUUCUUGGUCAAGGUGGUUUUGGCUAUGUCCACAAAGGAGUUCUCCGAAAUGGAAAAACUGUUGCAGUUAAACAACAGAAAUCAGAGAGUAGACAAGGGGAUCGCGAGUUUUGUGCUGAAGUAGAGGUCAUUAGCCGUGUGCAUCACAGACAUCUUGUUACCCUAGUCGGAUACUGCGUCUCAGAUGUCCAUACGAUGCUUGUCUAUGAGUUCGUGUCAAAUAAAACACUAGAAUUUCAUUUGCAUGGAAAGGACAGACCAACUAUGGACUGGUCCACAAGGAUGAAGAUUGCUGUGGGAUCUGCUAAAGGAUUGGCAUAUUUACACGAGGACUGUAAUCCUAAAAUCAUACACCGUGACAUCAAGGGAUCUAACAUCCUUCUUGAUGAUAAUUUUGAGGCUAAGGUUGCAGAUUUUGGACUUGCCAAAUUUUCAUCUGACACAGAUACCCAUGUUUCUACCCGAGUGAUGGGAACUUUUGGAUACAUGGCUCCAGAAUAUGCUGCUAGUGGGAAACUCACUGAAAAGUCAGAUGUUUUCUCCUUUGGUGUUGUGCUUUUGGAGUUGAUUACUGGACGAAAACCUGUUGAUAAAACUCAUCGUUUCAUAGACGACAGCAUGGUUGAAUGGGCAAGGCCUUUACUGUCUCAAGCUUUGGAGAAUGGAAACUUUAAAGAACUUGUUGAUCCAAGGUUAGAGACAAACUACAAUCCUGAUGAGAUGAUUCACAUGACUGCUUGUGCUGCAACUUGUGUGCGCCAAUCAGCUAGGCUUCGGCCUCGAAUGAGCCAGGUUGUUAGAGCUCUAGAAGGAAACAUUUCUCUAGAUGAUCUAAAUGAGGGGAGCACACCUGGGCACAGCAGAGUUUUUGGUUCCUUUGAGAGUUCAAAUUAUGAUAGUACUCAAUACAGUGAAGACCUAAAGAAGUUCAAGAAGUUGGCAUUGGAAAGCCAAGAGUGCAGCGGGCCCAGCAGCGAGUAUGGCCAACAUCUAUCUGCCUCCACCAGUUCAGGCCAGCAAAAUACACAAGAGAUUGAAAUAGGGAAUGGGAAGGAGGGUAGCAACCAUGGUUAGGGGGGUGAGCUCUUGAUUGGUGAUUCACUAUGUCUUGUGAAAUCGCACACUAAACAUCAGAUUCCGCUCGUGGCGAUGGGAUGUAUAUAUUAUUUGUUGGUAGAUUUUGCAGGUAAAGAGUAGGAAAUGGCUUAUUCAUGAUGAAUUAUUUAAAGUAGUUAGAGUUGCCUCUGUUUUGUUUUUUAAAUGAUUUUCACUAUCUAACUUAUUACACAAAUAUGAUUCCUGAAUUAUUUAAUACCAUGAACUUUUGUCAGCU